AUGGCGCUAAAAUUUUACUUGACGACCACAUUAGCAUCGCUCCGUCAAUCUUCUACACGUCCUCACGACCCGUUCUUAUCUGAAAAUAUUGUAAGACAUAACACACCAACAUUUCUUAGGAAUUUCUUAAGAAUCCCCAUAUCCCUUAGGAUUUCUCCUUCAGAAGUGGCAGGUGGUUCUUCUUCUUGGCCUGCAUGGCAAGUUGAUCUUGGGAAGUGCAUGGCGACAGUAGGGUUGGUCGAUUUGAAGUUUGAUGGCUGUUUAUAUACAUGGUCUAAUAAGCAUGUAUCUGAUCCUACUCUCGAGAAACUAGAUCGUGUAUUGGUGAAUUCGAAGUGGGAGGAAAAAUUUUCGGGAUCGUCAGCUACAUUUCGUACUGCUGGUGUGUCGGAUCAUUCACCUAUGGUUGUAAAGGUUGCAGAGUUACCGCGUAGGAAGAUUCCAUCCCCCUUCUUUGAUUAUUGGAUGGAUCAUUCAGAUUUCUUUCCUUUGGUGGCUCAGGUUUGGGGUGAAACAGUAUUGGGAACCCCAAUGUUUUGUCUGUGUUCAAAGUUGAAGAAGUUAAAGCUUGCCUUGAAAAACUUUAAUAAGGAGCAUUUUUCAGAACUUCCUACAAGAUUUACUCAUGCUCGGACUGAUAUAGAGCAUGUUCUGUGUUUGAUUCAGCAAUCGCCUUUGGAUUCAUCUCUACAUAGGGAGGAGUCUCGGUUACAAAAGGAACUUUGUAAGUUGAGCAGGGCUGAAGAAGGCUUUUUGAGACAAAAAGCUCAUGUUAAGUGGCUGAAUUUAGGAGACCAAAACACUGCUUUCUUCUUCAAGGCUAUGAAAAGUCACUAUGGGAAGAGUAAGGUGGUUUCUAUUUGUAAAGACGAUGGUACUAGAGUGGAGGAGCCGCAUGAGGUCAGUGAAGCCAUUGUUGCGUUCUAUCAAAAUCUCCUUGGUCAGCAGCCUACUGGUGAGAGUCUAGAUACGAACUUGCUCCGUAAAGCUCUUCCUAAAAGUAUCUCUGCAGUGCAGAAUGAAAAUCUUGAUAGAGAUGUGUCAUUUAAGGAAAUUAAAGAGGUCUUGUUCUCGUUGAAAGACAAUAAGGCUCCAGGGCCUGAUGGUUUUAAUGCAGGUUUCUUGAAGAGGACUUGGAAUAUUGUGGGAAAUGAUGUGCUAUCUGCCAUUAAGUCCUUCUUUGACUCGAGGAAGCUAUUGAAGCAAGUCAAUGCUACUACCAUCACAUUGGUUCCUAAGGUUCCAAAUCCUUCUCAGGUAAAGGAAUUUAGGCCUAUCUCCUGUUGCAAUAGUAUUUAUAAAUCUAUUGCUAAGCUUAUUGCCGAUAGAGUUAAAAUGGUGCUCCCAGACAUUGUUGGACCUCAACAAAUUGCUUUUGUUAAAGUUUUAAUGGUGCUUGGUUUUCCUGAGAGAGUUGUUAGGUGGAUUACUCAUGUGUCACUACCACUCGAUUUUCGAUUUCCAUUAAUGGGGAACUGCAUGGAUUCUUUGCUGGUGGGCGAGGUCUAA